AAUUAGUUUCGUUAGAAAUUUUUGAAAAAUUUAAAUUGUUUGAAUUAUUUUAGUGUAUAUUUGAAUAAUAUAGUAGUUUAGCGUUUAGCACUUCAUAGUUUUUUAAUAUUGUUAUAACAAUAUUAAGCUGCUACAGGUAGACAUUUUCGACAGUCUUAAGUCUCAAGUCUGUGACAGUAUAUUUAGUUUAGCAGACCUGCCGUACUAUUUGUUUGUCAACUUUAUCUGUCCAGAAUAACUAUUGUUAUACCAAACGAGGAACAUGAAACGGCCGUUCAUACUUCGGUGUGAAAUUCCAUAAAUCAUUUCGCGUCCUAUGCGCGCAUGAAUUGGAAUUUUUAUCCCGUUUUACACGGGGAUCGCAUAUAGUUCCAUUCGUCUGUUGACGUUUGAAGGUCAAAGAAAUGAUACUACCACCUUUGUGCCAUUAUAGCAUUAUCAGAACUAGGAAAAUAUCGUGUUUUUACGGUUUUUCUCAAUUGGACUAGGAAAAUGCCCAUUUCUCCGUAGUCAGUCAUCGAAACCAGCUUUAAUCCGCAAUUGGAAUUCACAAUUUGUUUUCCCUUUGACUUUUCUGUCAUGGUUUUAACAGAAGACGAGUACCGAGAAGAAAAAUCGAAGGCAAAAUCUAAUUCCAGACAAUCUCGUUUGUUCAAGUUACGUAAUGUUACCAAGAGCUACAUUAUUCAGUGCCUGGCAGACAGAGAAAUUCAACGUUAUUCUAUCAACGAUGACCUAGGGCAGCAAUCCAAAGCGUAUGGAUACAAUUGUAAGGUGGUCCACUCCCCUGAGAAGUACGCUCACUUAGAAGCCGUGGAUGGUGCCGGUUGGAAUUCAACGACCAAAAAACCGUGCAAACCACGUAAAUCACGUUAUUUAAGUGCUAAUACUCGUGAUGAACAUAAUUCUAAAGUGAACUACUCUUCCCACGUUUAUUCAUCCACGGAAGCAGAUGACGAUCUAGGAUGGAAUUCACAUACUUUUCAGUCUAUUCAGACAUAUUUUUCAGAUGUUGUGAAUCAACAGAUGUCUACAAUUCGGGAACUAGAGAAUGAACUCAUUAAUCAAAAUAAGGAAAUCGGCUUUUGGCACACGACCGCACAAUCCUACGAGGAAAACGCGGGCCGAUUAAUUAACGAAUUAAAUAGGAAACAAAGGGAAAUAGAUAAGUUGUUUGAAUUUAAAAUUAAGACAGAAAGGGGUUUUUCCCAUUUCGUAAGAUCGUGUUUUCGUGGAAUUCAAUUUUUCUUGUUUAUGGCGGUAAAAUGGGCAAUGUUCGCAAUAGUACUAUUGAUGGGUCCGGUAUUUGUAUUCGAAUUCAUUAGAGCUGUAAGGGGCGUUGGUUACUACCCGAACCUGACUGCCUACAAGAGGUUACCCAAGGUACCCUAUGAAGGGAAGACUCUAAGCGACGCAUCCUCUAACAUGAAUUUGCGGAAUUUGUUUAUUUCCGCCGUAAUUUGCUUAAUCUUCUAUAAAAACCUUGAAGUAAUAAUUCAUUGGGUCUUAAAGAAACUUGUUGGAUUAUUAAGAACCAUAUCCGUUUAUUUCCUUUUGAGCAUUAGACAAAUUUUUACUUGGUCCAUUUUUCUGGUAGACAUUCCACUGAAUGUACUUGCAACAAAAUAAUUGUAUGUGUAAUGCCGCUCCGUUCCGCUUAAUCUGGCAAUUGUUUCCCCGAAAAAAAAUUAGCACAUGCAUUGAGAUAUGCUGAAUAAAUGCCGUCGGCGGUUUCCUUUUGGGUGUUGUGCAGCAUUUCAAAAUUCAGUUAGCUUGGAUACCUUUAAAAAUGGUAUCACGUAAUUAAUUCUUCGAUAAUUUUUUCAUGCAAGUUCUUUAUAUUAUCUUAUUCUGUUUUUCACAAUGUAUGUCACAGAUUUACAAAAAAGUAAAAUCAUUUGAAUGAUUUGAAUAAGUUCAGAUGGUUAUUUUUUUUUGCACCUGAAAAAUUGAAUAUUUGAUUUUUAAAAUAAAUCGCGCAACACUGUUGUUAGGUUAACGUUAAGCGUUAACGUUAACGGCAUAGUAUGCCCGAACGGAGUUUUUUUGUUUAUGUCUUGGGAAAUCUUGUCUGCUGAUACUAGGAAGUGAUACCGCCCCAUUUGCAUUGUGCAUUGUACUAACCAUAAAAUCCUUGCAUUUUGACUGUUGUUAUUACUUGUAAGUUGUAUCAUAAAAAUGCCCAUGCCGUGUGGGUUAGUCAUCGGAAAGUUUAAUCCGUGAUUAGAAUUCACCAAAGUCGAGCGUGUAGGAGAGCCACUCAAUUAAUAUUCUCCAAAAUAUUUUUUCCCCUUUGAUUUUGCUGUCAUGGUUUUAACAGAAGAUGAGUACCGAGAAGCAAAAUCUAAUUCUGGACUUUCUAGUUUGUUCAACUUACGUAAAGUUACCAAGAGCUACAUUAUUCAGUGCCUGGCAGACAGAGAAAUUCAACGUUCUAUCAACGACCUAGGGCAUCAAUCCAAAGCGUAUGGAUAUAAUUGUAAGGUGAUCCACUCUCCUGAGAAGUACGCUGAUGUAGAAGCCGUGCUAAAUGUUUCCGGUUGGGAUUCAGCUAAUAAUAAGCCAUGUAAACCACGGAUAUUACGUCAUUUGAGUGCUGGCUCAUUCGUUUCAAAAGUGCAAAUAUCUGCUAGAAUUCAGCAACUGGAAGCACUUGUCGCUUCUAAAGAAAGAGAGAUUCUAUAUUUUGAGGAAUCAAACAAUUGUUUGGAACGUGAACUAAACAACACCCUUAAUCUUGUAGAUCGAUUGAAAAGAGAAAAAAAUGGAUUAAUGAUAUCCGUGGAAAACAAUAAGAAGCUGACCAAUAGAAACACGAGAAUGGUCUGGAAUUUGUAUGGUGAUCCUUAUUUUAUGAGUUAUGUACCAGAAAACAAUGGUUACCCGACUGCCUACAAGAGUGUAUCCAAUGUGCCCUAUAAAGGAAAGACUCCAAGCGACGCAUCCUCUAAGAUGAAUUUGCAGAAUUUAUUUAUUUCCAUCGGAAUUUGCUUAAUCGUCUACAAAAAACCUGAAUUAGUCCAUUGGGUCUUAAAGAAACAUGUUGGAUUAUUAAGAACCAUAUCCGUUUAUUCUCUUUUGAGCUUUAGAAAAAUUUUUACUUGGUCCAUUUUUUUGGUAGACAUUCCACUGAAUGUACUUGCAACAAAAUAAUUGUAUGUGUAAUGCCACUCCGUUCCACGCUUUCUAUCAGUCAGCCUGUUUCCCCGAAAAAAUUAUAUCAUAUGCGUUGAUAAAUGCUGGAUAAAUGCCGUCCGCAGCUUCCGUUUAAGUGUUAUAAAAUCAUCAAUUUAGCUGCUGAUAGUUUUGAUGAUUUUUUUUUCGCUAUUGUCAAAUUUUACUGUAAACGCACAGCACUGUGAUAUGUGGAACAAUAAAUAAAUUUUAAACUGCUUUAUUUGAAAUGAAAGGAGCGAAAGGAGGCAGCAAGCAGAGCAGAGCAACAAAAUUACAUUUAAAUUUGACUCAUGGUUGGUCGUCUUUUGCGGGGAACAUUUUGAACAUACCAUUCCGUAUACAAUAUCGAGAAAACCCCUUAGGAUGCACGAGCAUGCCUUUGCGAAAUACAAACGUUUACAUUGUUGAUGCAUCCAUACACCCUUCUCCGCAUACAGUCAGUUUUUUUUAAAAUUCUCCUCACCAAUCCCAUCAGCCAUGGUUUUAACAGUAGAACAGUUUAACUAUGCCAUUGAAAAAGUUGAAACUAAUUUUACUUUGAAACGUUUUUUUGAUCUUCGUACAGCUACCAAGAGCUACAUUAUACAGUGCCUAGCCGAUAGGGAAAUUCAAAAGAUCGUGAAAAAGAAUGUGAUAUUUAAUGUAAAUGAUGGCGAUCUUUAUCGGCAUUCUCUAGCAUACGGACAUAACUCUAAAGUGAUCCACACCCCUCACUACUAUUCCCGGGCGGAGGCAGCUGACGGUCUAGGAUGGAAUUCACGUUUCUCCCAACCUAUUCAAUGCCGAUGGAUGUUGACUGAUUUUGAGGAUCAAAAUUGUAAAAUUUGGGAACUGGAGAAACAACUGGCAGAUAAAAAUAAGGAGAUUUCUUAUUGGAAAACAGCUGCGGGAUCCUCCAGAGAAAACCAGCUUCGAUUUGAAAGUACGAGAGAGAAGUUCGACCAAUUCUUAGCUUCUCUUUCUCGUGACAUCGAAGAUUUUUUUAAAACUUUUGGAUGGGCAAUCGGCGCAAUAAUAGUAGUGCUACUACUACUGUACAACGGUGAUUUCGGUGAUUUCGGUGAUUUUAACAACCGCAGGAAUGGACGCUUCGACUGAAUAAUUUUUUCCUUAUUGAGCUUAAUUUGUGAAUGUACGCGAUAACAAGAAUAUAAGCUGUCCGGAUCAUU